UCCAAGCUAUUGUUGUCUGAAAAGAAGCCAGCCAGUGGGCCUAUAUAAGAGGGAAAGAAUCCACCUACUCCAGUGGGAAGCGGGACGUGCAGUGCUCGUGGCGGGGGUAACACGCGCAAAGGAUAUCUCGCACUCUCUAAGUUUGUCUUCCAGUCGUUGAUCCCGCACCACCAGCAUGCCCGGCCACGUCAAGAAGAGCACGGGUCCCGACCCUGAUCCCUCUGAGUAUCUCUUCAUUUCCCCUGAACAAAAGCGCAUCGACCAGGCGAAGCCUUAUGAUCCUAAGAGGUCCUAUUGGGCUCCCGAUCCUGAGGAGGGUUUCGUUGAGUGUGAGCUUCAGGGCGCCAAGGGUGACAAGUUGGUUACGGUUAAGCUUCCCAGUGGAGAGACUAAGGAUUUCAAGAAGGAACAGGUCGGCCAGAUUAACCCUCCUAAGUACGAGAAGUGUGAGGAUGUGUCCAACUUGACCUUCCUUAACGAUCCCUCCGUCUUCUACGUCCUCAAGUCACGUUAUCAAGCCAAGCUUAUUUACACCUAUUCUGGUCUCUUCUGUAUUGUCAUCAAUCCCUACAAGCGUUACCCCAUCUACACCAACCGUGCCGUCAAGAUCUACAUGGGCAAGAGGCGUAAUGAAGUACCCCCUCAUCUCUUCGCCAUCUGCGACGGUGCCUACCAGAACAUGAUGCAAGACCGUCAAAAUCAGUCCAUGCUUAUCACUGGUGAAUCCGGCGCUGGAAAGACAGAAAACACAAAGAAAGUGUUGUCUUACUUCGCCAACGUUGGUGCCUCCGAGAAGAAAGAGGGAGAAAACAAGCAGAACUUGGAGGAUCAGAUCAUCCAAACCAACCCCAUCCUUGAGGCCUAUGGUAACGCCAAGACCACCCGUAAUGACAACUCGUCUCGAUUCGGUAAGUUCAUCCGCGUGCACUUCGGCCCCAAUGGAAAGUUAUCCGGCGCUGACAUCGAAGUCUACUUGCUGGAGAAGGCUCGUGUCAUCUCCCAGUCCCCCGCCGAGCGAGGCUACCAUAUCUUCUACCAGCUAAUGUCCGACCAGAUCGACUAUAUGAAGAAGUUGUGCCUCUUGUCUGACGACAUUUACGACUACCACUAUGAGUCUCAGGGAAAGGUUACUGUUCCAUCCAUCGACGACAAGGAGGACAUGCAGUUCACUCAUGAAGCUUUCGAUAUCUUGAACUUCUCCAAUGAAGAGAGGGACAAUUGCUACAAAGUUACUGCAUCUGUUAUGCACUUUGGUAACUGCAAAUUCAAGCAAAGGGGUCGUGAGGAGCAGGCUGAACCCGACGGCACUGAGGCCGGAGAAGUUCUUGCUAAGUUGCUCGGAGUUGACGCCGAGGAGCUCUACAGGAACUUCUGCAAGCCUAAGAUCAAGGUCGGUGCCGAGUUCGUCACCAAGGGUAUGGGCGUCGAUGCUGUCAACUACAACAUCGGUGCCAUGGCCAAGGGUCUCUUUUCACGCGUUUUCUCAUGGCUUGUCAAGAAGUGCAACAUGACACUUGAGACUGGCCAGACUCGUGCCAUGUUUAUUGGUGUGCUCGAUAUUGCCGGCUUCGAGAUUUUCGACUUUAACGGCUUCGAGCAGAUUUGUAUCAACUUCUGUAAUGAGAAGCUACAACAGUUCUUCAACCACCACAUGUUCGUGCUGGAACAAGAAGAAUAUUCAAGGGAAGGCAUUGUCUGGCAGUUCGUCGACUUCGGCAUGGAUCUGCAGGCUUGCAUUGAACUCUUCGAAAAGAAAAUGGGUCUCCUCUCCAUCCUCGAGGAGGAGUCCAUGUUCCCCAAGGCUACUGACAAGACCUUCGAGGAGAAGCUGAACAACAACCAUCUCGGAAAGUCCCGCUGCUUCAUCAAGCCCAAGCCUCCAAAGCCCGGUCAGCCUGACAACCACUUUGCCAUCGUUCACUACGCUGGUACUGUGUCCUACAACCUGACUGGCUGGCUUGAGAAGAACAAGGAUCCUCUCAACGACACCGUCGUCGACCAGCUCAAGAAGGCCUCCAACGCCCUCACAGUCGAGAUCUUCGCUGACCAUCCAGGCCAGUCUGGUGAUGCGGGCGGCAAGGGUGGAAAGGGAGGCAAGCAGCAGACUGGUUUCAAGACGGUGUCAUCCGGAUACAGGGAUCAGCUGAGCAACCUAAUGAAAACCCUGAACGCCACACAUCCCCACUUCAUCCGUUGCAUUGUGCCCAACGAGUUCAAGAAACCUGGCGUUGUGGAAGCUGGCCUCAUUAUGCAUCAAUUGACCUGCAAUGGCGUACUUGAGGGCAUCCGUAUUUGCCAGAAGGGCUUCCCUAACAGGAUGCCUUAUCCUGACUUCAAGCUCCGCUACAACAUCCUGGCCGCCAAGGAGAUGAUCGAGGCGAAGGACGACAAGAAGGCAGCUACAGCUUGCUUCGAGAAAGUUGGUCUUGACCCUGAGCUGUACCGUACCGGCAACACCAAGGUGUUCUUCCGUGCCGGCGUCCUGGGUAGACUGGAAGAGAUCCGUGAUGACCGCGUGGGCAUACUCCUAUCGUGGUUGCAAGCAUGGAUUCGUGGUUUCAUCAGCCGCAAGCUAUACUCCAAGAUGCAGAAACAGCGCACUGCCCUUCUUGUUGUGCAGCGCAACAUUAGGAAGUUCAAGGUCAUGCGUGCUUGGCUCUGGUAUGAUAUGUGGAUCAAGCUCAAGCCCAAGCUUAAUGUAACACGCGCCGAGGAUGAACUUGUUAGGUUAGAGCAAGUUGCCGAGAAGGCUGAGGCUGAAUUUGAAAAGGAGAUUAAGGUCCGUCAAGAACUCGAGAUCAAAAAUGCUGCUCUUCUCGAAGAAAGAGCAGAGCUCAUGAAUGCCCUCGAUUCUUCAAAGGGUGGUAUGUCCGAUUAUCUUGACAAACAAGCUAAACUUCAGGCACAAAAGGCAGAACUAGAAGCUCAGUUAAAUGAUGUGCUAGAACGUGUACGUAAAGAAGAAGAAGCCUCCGGUCAGCUGAGUAGUGGAAAAAAGAAGUGUGAACAAGAAGUUUCAAACCUGAAAAAGGACCUUGAGGACCUCGAACUUGCCGUCCAGAAGGGUGAGCAAGAUAAGGCCACCAAAGAACAACAAAUCCAGAACCUUAAAGAAGAGAUCGCCCACCAGGAGGAACUCAUCACCAAGGUUAACAAGGAAAAGAAGCAUCUUCAGGAAUGCAAUCAAAAGACUGCCGAAGAUGUCCAGUGUAUUGAGGACAAGUGCAACCACCUUAGCAAGUUGAAGACUAAAUUGGAAUCCACUCUUGACGAACUCGAGGAUUCUCUUGAGCGUGAGAAGAAGCUUCGCAGUGAAGUUGAGAAAUCGAAGAGGAAAAUUGAGGGUGACCUUAGGCUUACCCAAGAAGCUAUCUCUGAUCUGGAGCGCAACUACAAGGAGCUUGAAGUAGCCGUUGAGCGUAAAGAUAAAGAGCUUACAGCCCUCACCGCCAAAAUUGAGGACGAACAGGCUCUUGUGUACAGGGACCAGAGGCAGGUUAAGGAACUUCAGGCUCGCCUCGAGGAGCUCGAGGAAGACGUUGAACAUGAGCGACAGGCCCGUAGCAAGGCUGAAAAGGCCAAGAAUCUUCUUUCACGCGAAGUUGGAGAUCUUGCUGAGAGACUGGACGAGGCUGGCGGCGCCACGGCUACUCAGAUCGAAAUCAACAAGAAGCGCGAGAGUGAACUGGCUAAGGUUCGUCGGGAGCUCGAGGAAUCCAGCCUUCAGCACGAAUCUGCUCUUGCUGCUCUCCGUAAGAAGCACAACGACGGUAUUGCAGAGAUGUCUGAGCAGAUUGACUACCUGAACAAGAUGAAGGCUAGAACAGAGAAGGAUAAGGACGCCAUGAAGCGGGAUGCUGAUGAUGCUAGGGCUUCUAUGGAUGCACUUGCUCGUGAUAAGACUGCUGCUGAGAAGACUACUAAGCAGCUUCAGCAUCAGUAUGGUGAGCUCUGUGCUAAGCUUGAUGAUGUCAACCGUACGUUGAGUGACUUUGAUGCCACGAAGAAGAAGCUCGCUUGUGAAAAUGCAGACCUUGUCCGACAGCUGGAAGAAGCAGAGAACCAAGUGGGUCAGCUUUCAAGGCUUAAGCUUUCCCUCACCAACCAGCUGGACGAUACCAGGAAGCUGUGUGAUGAAGAAAGCAGGGGUCGCGCUACCCUCCUGGGUAAGUUCCGCAACUUGGAGCGUGAUAUUGAUGCCCUUCGUGAGCAACUAGAUGAGGAGAGUGAAGCCAAGGGAGACGUUCUUCGUAUGCUCUCCAAGGCCAAUGCUGAGGCUCUCAUGUGGCGCUCCAAGUAUGAGUCUGAGGGUGUUGCUCGCGUUGAAGAAAUUGAAGCUUCUCGCAUGAAGCUCGCUGCUCGUCUCGAAGAAGCUGAAAUGCAGAUUGAGUCUCUCAAUGUCAGAAAUCUUCAUCUGGAGAAGACCAAGAUGCGUGCUGCUGCUGAGCUGGACGAUCUGCAGGUCGCCGCUGAGCGUGCACAAAACUUGGCUAAUGCCGCUGAGAAGAAGCAAAAGAACUUUGAUAAAAUCAUUUCUGAAUGGAAACUGAAGGUCGACGACCUUGCUGCUGAACUUGAUGCCUCUCAGAAGGAAUGCCGCAAUUACUCCACUGAGCAUUUCCGUCUCAAGGCCGCAUACGAGGAAAAUAUUGAACAGCUUGAUAGCAUCCGCCGUGAAAACAAGAAUCUCAAUGAUGAAAUAAAGGACCUAAUGGACCAAAUCGGUGAAGGAGGUCGAGCAUAUCACGAAGCUCAGAAGAACUUCAGGCGUCUAGAACUCGAGAAGGAGGAACUUCAGGCUGCUCUUGAAGAAGCUGAAGCAGCUCUCGAACAGGAAGAGAAUAAGGUCCUUCGAACACAGCUUGAGCUCAGUCAAGUCAGGCAGGAGAUUGACAGACGUGUUCAGGAGAAAGAAGAAGAAUUUGAAAAUACUCGUAAGUGUCACCAGAGAGCCAUCGACUCCAUGCAAGCUUCCCUUGAGGUUGAAGCCAAGGGUAAGGCUGAAGCUCUUCGCAUGAAGAAGAAGCUUGAGUCUGACAUCAACGAGCUCGAGAUUGCCCUUGACCACGCCAAUAAGGCCAACUCUGAUCUUCACAAACACUAUAAGAAGACCCUGGAUGACGUUAAGGAUAUGGAGGCUCGUGUUAAGGAAGAACAGCGCCUUGCAUCUGAGUACCGUGAACAGUAUGGCAUUGCUGAACGCCGCUUCAACGCCCUUCACGGAGAGCUGGAAGAAUCCCGCACUCUCCUGGAACAGUCUGACCGCGGUCGCCGCCAUGCCGAGUCCGAGCUCAACGAUGCACGUGAACAAAUUAACACCUUCACCAGCCAGAAUGCAGCUCUCUCUGCCUCCAAGAGGAAGCUCGAAGGCGAAAUGCAAACCCUGCAGGCCGACCUGGAAGAGAUGCUCAGUGAAGCAAAGAAUUCUGAGGAGAAGGCGAAGAAGGCCAUGUUAGAUGCUGCUCGUCUGGCCGAUGAGCUCCGCUCUGAGCAGGAGCAUGCUUUGGCUCAGGAGAAGAUGCGUAAGGGCUUGGAGGUUACCGUCAAGGACCUCCAGACCCGUCUUGAGGAGAGUGAGAGCGCUGCCAUGAAGACUGGUAAGAAGGCGAUCAGCAACCUGGAAUCUCGUAUCCGUGAGCUCGAGGUUUCUCUGGACGACGAGAGUCGUCGUCAUGCUGAUUCUCAGAAGAACCUGAGGAAGUGCGAGAGGCGCAUCAAGGAGCUCGCCUUCCAGACCGAUGAGGACAAGAAGAACCACGACAGGAUGCAGGACCUCGUCGAUAAGCUCCAGCAGAAGAUCAAGACCUACAAGCGCCAGAUCGAGGAGGCUGAGGAGAUCGCCGCCCUCAACUUGGCCAAGUUCCGUAAGGCUCAGCAGGAGCUGGAGGAAGCUGAUGUGUCUAUUUCUGUCAUUUAA